ACAACACAGUAACACCACCGAAUCAAACACGUUCAGAGAAGAAAUCUGCGUGGUGUGUGUUCUGAAUCUCAUCUUGAUAAUUGAAACGAUGGCGGCCACCAUCUCCUUAGCCAAAAAUCUCAUCUUCAACCUCUGCAAAGGCAAGCCCUUUCCCAAUGCUUCUCCAUCUCUAAGAUCUUCCACCAAGAUUUCCAGAAUCUCUUUUGCUACUUCCGCCUCUAAACAUCCCUGGGGUGAAAAUGGCGGGGAGGCGAACAGCGACCCGAGGCCAGACUUGGCUUACCCGAGGCCAGACUUGGCUUACGAGGACGCGAAGGAGAGAACGAAGGAAGGAGGCCAAGGAAUGAAGGAGAAAGCCAAAGAGUACGCAGAAGCGACCAAAGAUGCGGCGGAAGAGAGUAGCAACAGAGCGGCGGAGACUGCACGCGCCGCCAAGGAGAAAGUAAAAGACUACGCACACGACGCGAAGGAGAAGGCGAAGGAGGGCACCGAAAGGGCAGCGGAGACGGCGGAGCACGCGACGGAGAGAGCUAAGGAAUCCGCGAAGGGGAUGAAGGAGAAGACGGAAGAUGCUGCCGGAGCGGCGAAGGAGGGGGCGCAGAAUAUCGGGGAGAAGGCGAAGCAGACGGUUCAGGGGGCAUGGGAAGCGGCCAAGGACACGACGCAGAAGAUAAAGGACACGGUAAUGGGGACCAACGGUGACGACCAGAAGAAGGUGGUGGAUGAGGAUGUUGAGCAACUCAGGAGAAAAUCUGGGACGAAGCUUGAUGAUGAUUGAAAAUGGCUGCCUUCGAUGAUCACUUCUAUUUUAUCUUCCAUCAAAAUCAAAUGAAAUCAAUCUUCUUUCAAUCUUGAUCUUUUUGGCUUUCCACGGA